ACUGCUUGCGUAAAACUGUUGAUUUUCAAUCUGCUACUAAUUCUAUUAUUUGUUAAAAAAAUAUGUGCUGUUGAUGUCUCAUUUAUUCGAUAAGGAGUUCUGCGUAAGGUUAUGUGUAUGAUAAUCAAUGAUCGACAUGUUCUAAAACGUAGCGCAGAAACGAUCAUCGACCGAUUACUUUGCAAAUUUUAAACUGCUAAUCGAGUAAUCGCUCACGGACAGAUUAGCCCGCGUCAGGGUGUCUUUAAAUACACUUCCUCGAGUAUGUUGUGUUUAUCUUGAAAGCAAUCAACAUCGAGAUCGUAAGAUUCGCUUAUAAGAAUGGCCGAUGAAAUAGAAACAGUCCGACUCGUUAACGAAGAGACCGAGUGCGUGGAAGCAGAAAUAGACGGUGACGAUGUAGACGAAGAAGGUUCCGAUGGUGUUGUAGUUCCAGAACUUAAGGGUACAUUAUCCAAAUGGACAAAUUAUAUACAUGGCUGGCAAACUAGAUUUAUUGUUCUCAAAGAUGGUACUUUAUCUUAUUACAAAUCUGAGCAGGACAGUGGAUUUGGAUGUCGUGGUUCAAUAAGUUUGUAUAAAGCUAACAUUAAGGCACACGAAUUCGAUGAGUGUAGGUUCGAUGUAUCAGUAAACGAUUGUCUAGUAUGGUAUUUAAGAGCAAAUUGUCCAGAGGAAAAGCAGCGUUGGGUCGACAUUUUGAAAUCUUAUAAGUCAGAAUCUGGUUACGGAAGCGAGAACAGUCUGAAACGCCACGGUAGCGCCAUUUCGCUUGUGUCGAAUACACAAUCUAUCACAAGCGCAGGUAGCUUUACUAAACGCGGCGUCAGAGGAUUGAAAGAGAAAUUAGCAGAGCUUGAAACCUUCAGGGAUAUUCUGAUCAAGCAAAUAGAUACUUUGCAAAAGUAUUUUGAUAACUGCGCGGAAAAUGCUAAAAAUAUUUCCAUGAAAGAAAAUAAAGUUGAGACAACAAUGUUUGAUCCAGCCAAACACUCUGUAGAUUUUAAAGGAGAAGCGAUAACUUUCAAAGCGACGAGCGAGGGUGUGCUUGCGACAUUGCAACAUUGCGUUGAAUUAAUGGUGCAACGAGAAGAUGCAUGGCGUCGUAGAUGGGAAAAAGAAACUGAGAAAAAACGAAAAGUACAGGAACUUUACAAAACUCUGAAAGAUCAAGUUGCGAUGCAUCAAGGUGACUCUCCUAGACCCAGAGUCCUUAUUCAUGGAGGUCCAGAUUACGAGGAAGGACCGCACAGUGCUCUCUGCGAUGAAGAAUUCUACGACGCGGUAGAGACUGGAUUAGAUAAGAUCGAGGAAGAGAAUCAGCUGAGAGAUCGUCUGAAACAAAAAUCAGUCUCGAUUUUAGCGACUCCGACUAUGUCUGCGUCUAAGCACAGACUCUGGCCAGAGAUAGAAAAAAUAACGAUGCAACAAUUGCAUUAUGCACGACUUGGAGUUGGAGCUGGUGGCUGGCAAUUGUUUGCCGAGGAUGGCGACAUGCGAAUGUACAGACGCGAGGAGGAAGCGGAUGGCUUAGUGGUGGAUCCCCUAAAAGCAUGUCACGUCGUGAAGGGAGUUACCGGCCACGAAGUUUGCGAAAUAUUCUUUAGCCCCGAAUACAGAAGCGGAUGGGAAGCCACGCUCGAGGACAUGACCGUGAUCGAAAAUAUAUCUAAAGAUACUCUGAUAUUUCUGCAAACGCAUAAACGUAUUUGGCCGGCAAGUCAAAGAGACGCGUUGUUCUGGUCGCAUAUGCGCAGAGUUUCCGACGAUCAAGAUCCCGAUGCACACGAUUUAUGGAUAGUUUGUAACCAUAGCACGGAACACUCUGAUUAUCCUCCAAAUACAGGAAAAUGCGUGAGAGUGUAUCUGACUGUGUGUCUCGUAUGUCAAACGUUUAUCGAUCCUCCAAAAGAUGAAGAAGAGAUAAAAAGAGAGAAUAUUACAUGUAAAAUAACUUACUGUUCCGUUGUUAAUCCUGGUGGAUGGGCUCCAGCACCUGUUUUACGUGCUCUUUAUAAAAGGGAGUAUCCAAAGUUCCUUAAACGUUUCACUAGCUUUUGUAUUGAUCAGUGUAAGGAUAAACCAAUUACAUAUUAAGUGUAAUUUCUAUAAAUUUCUAAUUUUCCAUCCAAUUCCCUAUUUACUACAUCAUAGGCGUCGUAUCGCGCUUUCAAGUGAUCUAAAAUGUAUUAAAGAAGAAAAUUAAAUUUACACAGUGCAGAAAUUUUGGAAACAAUAAUUCUUCCAUUAUAAAUGAAAGUGUUUUUUAUAUACCGUUUCCUUUCUUUUUUUUUUUUCCUUUUUAAUUUGCUUGAUACGAUCGAUGUAACAGGAUACAAAAACUGUUACAUUGAUAAUGAUUUAUUAAAGCGUAAGGAAACAUUGUAUACAUUUCCGAGAUAAACUUUGUAAUAUGGAAUAUACGCUCUAAAAGCGCUAUUCAAAAAUUAUAUUUACUUAUUUAAAUAACAGCUUGUUAUUUUAUUGUUAUACAGAAUGUUGUCACAAACCACUUGUACAGAUCUUAACAAAGCGAAUACAUAUACAUUUAUCUAUUGUUACAUUAUAUAUCCAAUUAAAUACGAAAUUGUAUAAUACAAUUAUAUUGUUAUUUUUAUUUAUAUAUAACGUGUAUAUUGAUACACAAUA